AGAGAGGCAGGCCACCAGAGAGAGGCCACCAGAUGCCCUGGGGAGCAGAGCCCGCCUGCUUCCUGAGUGAAGCGUUGCUCCAGUGCUCACUGCUUGGUCUCCUGAGUGUGGUUUCCUUCCCGGCCAGCACAAACCCCAGAAUAGAGCAGCGGGCUUGCAGAUUGAGGUCAUCAGCUCUGAAAGCACAAGAAGCAAACGUGGUGCACAAGACAGACCCACUUGACAAACAUGAGGAGUGCAGCCAAGGCCUGGAGUCCAAUCACCAAAGCUGGGACCCAUGGGAUCGACUGUGCACGGCCCCUUCCCACUGCCUCUUCUGGCAUGAAGAGUUCUAAGUCUUCAACCUCACUGGCUUUUGAGUCCCAACUCAGCAAGCUCAAGAGGGCCAGUAGUGAGGACAUGCUCAACAAACCAGGAAGUACUACCACUUCCGGGGUAGUUCGACUGAAAAAGACUUCCACAGCUGGAACCAUCUCUGAGCUUGCUGAGAGCCGCCUAAGGAGCCACCCAGGGGCUGUGACAACCAAACGGACAGGCAUUCCAGCUCCUCGAGAACUUUCGGGAACUAUCUCAAGAGAGAGAACUGUGCCACGUGUUUCCUCCAACCCAAAGAAAUCGGCGUCCAGUCCAUCUUCUUCUAGUGCGCCCACCCCCACUAAGCCCCUGAGGAACACUUCUAUAAGACUCAGACAAGAGAGUGAAGGUGGAGAACGGGCCGUGCUCGAGUCCCAAGUUCGGGAACUCUUGGCAGAGGCCAAAGCAAAAGACAGUGAAAUCAACCAGCUUCGAAGUGAACUAAAGAAAUACAAGGAGAAAAGGACUCUGAACACCGAAGGAACUGACACUUUGGACCCAAAGUUAGAUGGAACAUCAGUCUUACCAGGUGACUCAGAACCUUUGAUAAGAGCUCUUGCGGAGAAGAACAAGACUUUUCAGAAAGAGCUUGCUGAUCUAGAGGAAGAAAACUGGGCCCUGAAGCAGAAACUGAGUUACCUUGAGCAGUCUCCAAAUUCAGAAGGAGAAGCAAGUCAUGCUGGUGAUAGCAGCUGUCCAGCCUCCGUAACCCAGGAGUCAGGCUUUGGAAACCCAACUGGAAAUCAGUUGUCAGGUGAAAUCGAUGAGUAUAAAAAAACUAUCCCCCCAAAUGUAUUACAGACGUCAGGUUCUUCAAGUAGUGAUGUUACCAAAGCUUCCUUGUCACCAGAUGCCUCCGAUUUUGAGCACAUCACAGCAGACACCCCCUCGAGGCCCCUGUUUUCCCCGAGCAACCCCUUUAAAAGUCCAAAGUGUUCUACCAUUGGGAGUUCCCCUAACAACGUGAGUGAACUGUCCCUGGCUUCCCUCACGGAGAAGAUACAGAAGAUGGAAGAAAAUCACCAUAGCACAGCAGAAGAACUACAGGCUACUUUACAAGAAUUAUCAGACCAGCAACAAAUGGUGCAGGAAUUGACAGCAGAAAAUGAGAAACUGGUGGAUGAAAAAACAAUUUUGGAAACUUCCUUUCAUCAGCAUCGAGAGAGGGCAGAACAGCUAAGUCAAGAGAAUGAGAAGCUGAUAAAUCUCUUACAAGAGCGAGUCAAGAAUGAAGAGCCCAGCGCUCAAGAAGAAAAACUUCUGGAACUGGAGCAGAAGUAUACAGAGAUUUUUGAACAGGGCCGCUUCGAAAGAGAGAAGCUGCUCAACAUUCAGCAGCAGCUGACCUGCAGCUUACGGAAGGCUGAAGAGGAAAACCAAGGAGCUUUAGAAAUGAUUCAACACCUGAAGGAAGAAAAUGAGAAACUGAACGGGUUUCUAGAACUGGAACGGCAUAAUAGCAGUGUGGUGGCCAAAACUCUAGAAGAGUGUCAAGUUACCUUGGAAGGACUGAAGAUGGAAAAUGGAUCUUUGAAGUCUCAUCUGGAGAAUGAAAAGCAAAAAGGUGUAGAGACCAGUCCUGUGGGGCAGACAGCAGAGGGCUGUGCAAUUCAAGAAAUGUUGAAAGUAGCUCGAGCUGAGAAGGAUCAGCUGGAACUGUCUUGUACUGAACUCAGACAAGAAUUACUAAAGGCACAUGGUGAAAUUAAACAUGUGUCAAGCCUGUUAGCCAAGAUGGAAAAGGAUUAUUCUUACUUGAAGGAGAUAUGUGAUCAUCAAGCAGAACAGCUGAGCAGAACCAGUCUGAAACUGCAAGAGAAAGCAUCUGAGAGUGAUGCAGAGAUUAAAGACAUGAAGGAAACCAUAUUUGAGUUGGAAGAUCAGGUGGAACAGCAUCGAGCUGUCAAGUUACAUAAUAAUCAACUCAUCAGUGAGCUGGAAAGCAAUGUGAUGAAGUUGGAGGAACAGAAAGCAGACCUGGAAAGGCAGCUGAAGGCUCUGACUAAGCAGAUAAAGGAGGAAACUGAGGAGUGGAGGCGGUUCCAGGCAGACCUGCAGACUGCAGUGGUGGUAGCCAAUGACAUCAAGUGUGAGGCCCAACAGGAGCUGCGCGCUGUGAAGAGGAGGCUGUUGGAGGAAGAGGAGAAGAAUGCUAAGCUGCAGAAGGAGCUGGGGGACAUGCAGGGCCACAGCAGACCUGUGCAUGAAGAGUCUGAGCCUUUGGAGGUCGAUGCUCCUGGCCGGUGGCAUGGUGUCUGUGUCAACAGAACAUCUCCAACACCUUUGGAGCCUGCGACCACCGUCAAGUCCCUUAUCAAGUCAUUUGACUUGGGACGCCCAGGUGGAGCUGGGCAGAGUAUUCCUGUCCAUAAGACCCCCAGAAGCCCCCUGAGUGGAAUACCAGUGAGAACCGCUCCAGCAGCUGCUGUUUCUCCCAUGCAGAGGCAUUCAACAUACAGCAGCAUGCGGCCUGCCAGCAGAGGAGUGACUCAGCGCUUGGAUCUUCCAGACCUUCCCCUCUCAGAUCUUCUAAAGGGACGAGCCGAGGACCUGAAACCAGACCCCUAUCUUCGUAAAAGUCCCUCACUUGAGUCACUGAGCAGACCCCCCUCUCUGGGCUUUGGGAACACUCGACUGCUGAGCACUUCUCCCAGGGGCCUGAAACCACAAAGCAAACUCAGUGUGGAAAGAAGAGACCCUCUGGCCGCCUUGGCCCGGGAAUACGGUGGCUCCAAGCGCAACGCUCUGCUAAAGUGGUGCCAGAAGAAAACAGAAGGCUACGAGAACAUUGAUAUUACCAAUUUCAGCAGCAGCUGGAGUGACGGCUUGGCCUUCUGUGCUCUCCUCCAUACCUACCUGCCCGCGCACAUCCCGUACCAGGAGCUGAACAGCCAGGAGAAAAAAAGGAAUCUCUUAUUGGCAUUUGAAGCAGCUGAAAGUGUAGGCAUUAAACCCAGCCUGGAGCUCAGCGAGAUGCUGCACACUGACCGGCCUGACUGGCAGAGCGUGAUGCAGUACGUAGCCCAGAUAUACAAGUACUUUGAGACGUAGACCUGAGGACCCAACAACAGCUGCUGCCACCCUCUGCAUUUUGUCCUGGAAGCACCCGGUCACUCUCCACAGGCCCUGCUCUGCCUUUCAAAAGAAGGUCCAAUCUGGCGGAUACCUACACACAAGUGGGAAAUAGAGCUGGUUCCCUGUGUACCCACCUUGAGUCUGGACACAUUCAGAGGGAAGUUGGGGAAGCUUUGCUCUCCGAGAGGGACAUCUCUAGUCACACUGAGCGAUUUCCCAACAAGGUGCACCGAGACUUACAACAGACAGCAAUGGACAUUGGCCACCUUUUUACUAACAGUCCCAGCUUUUGCCUUUAUAAAAACUGUGCUCUUUCUACCCAUCACCUCCAUCCAAAAAAGAAAAAAUAACAAAAGACAGAUGUGUGCCUUCAAGCAUCGUGGAAAAACACGGACCUGCCUUUGGGGAAAAUGUGGUGAUGUUCUAGGUGACAACUUCAGCACCCAGAACUCAGUUACAUUUUCAGGUAUUUCUGUCACUCACUUGACUCCGUGGAAGGAAGGUGAAACAUGUGAGAAUUAGAAUGAGGCCCUGGGUAGUUGGCUCCCCAUCCUUGUGGGGUGGCCAGUAGGCAGAAGUGUGCGCUUGCCCAUGUGCUGGGCUGGGACUCGGGCACAUGGAGCUUCCACACUCAGCUGGUCCUGUGCACACCUUACAUGCCAGCUCUUGGCUUCCUCCACUCCAUCUGGCCUUUUGUUUACUCACACUCCGAGCGUACCCAAACACGCUCACUCCACAUGUGGAAUGGACAGAGACUGCUCGUGUGCAGAGGUCUGCUGGGGUCUUCGGGUAUUUGUGCAAUGAAACAAGUUGAAGAUGCGUAUUUCUUGGGAUACUAGGCAGACAGCAAAUUUAGGCAAUAUUUCAAUUUUAGCCUUAUAUAGUAUUUAGUACUAUAUACUAUAUAAGGCUAAAAUUACUAUACUAUAAUUUACUAAAUUACUAUACUAAAAUUUCAGUACUAUAUCAGGCCUUUUGUGUUCACAUAGCAAAAGGAAGCCCUUGGGGAUGGGCAGAGAUGGCUCUGUUGUAAUUGAAGGAAGGACAGUGCAGUUUCUCUACUGUCCUGCCCUCACUCUAAGCCACAGCAGAAUCCCCCAAGUGGCCCCAUUCAUCUCGGAAAGUACUCUGCAAGUAACCACCUAGUGAUUCUCUGUUCUUGUUGGGAAAUAAAUGCACUUUAUAUAGCAGUGGGUGCAGCUCACAAACGUGAGCCUGAGGUGGUCAUCACGUGCGCACCGUGACAUGAAGGGGCCUAUUACUCUCGGUUACUGCCCCUCAGACAAAGGGUCAUUAUUACCAGUAAGUCCCUGAGAGUAACAGUGCUGCUGCUGUUGCUUAAAGUAACACUCCCACGGUGGUGGUCCUUAGGGGGCCUGGGGGCUGCAGGCCCAGCCACUGCCUGAGCCUGGGCUCUCCCUCCAGGCCACCCUUGUGGGGCUGGCCCUGGGGUUCUGCUGUUGUGUCCACCCUCCAUCUCAGGCACUGCGGUGGUUCUGCUUGUGGCUUUGCAUUACAGUCUCCUGGCCUGCCCUGUUGUUGAGUCCAGGUAUCUGGAAUGGGCCUGGGGAUGUGUCCUAUGCAUUGUCCAAGUCUCCAGAUCCACUGAGCGGCAUGCAGGGCCGGCCAGGGCAGUGCAGCACAGAGAGCACUGAGCAGUAUAGGGCAAGGGCUUCCUAACUGGCCCUUUGUGUUCAAGGAGAAGUUCGAAGCACAGGCUGAACGAAUUCACCUGACUCCUCCCUGAUGAAUGUAUUCAGAUGAAAGUUACCACUUAUUCCACUUCUUGCAUCUGUUUUUUGUUGAUGUAACUGAUAUACUCGUAUUUCCCAUGUUUCUGGGCUACUCACCAUUACAGCGGGGGAAAGGAACAUGCCAAGUAAUGGGGUGGGGCUGUUAGUGGCUGUGUUUAUCGGGAAUUACUACAAGUCUUAGUGCGUGGGAGACAUUGAGGUCUUGGAUGCCCGUAGGGACAUUCGGCACGAUCAGCGCCCUGUUUUUAGUGAUUACCAUGAAUGAUUCAGCACCAGCUCUGGGUCAGCAGCCUGGGCCUCCCCCUCCCUCCCUGCUGGUGCCUGCUCCCUUCAGGUUAAAAGGAAGGAAAGAAAUGUCCUACAUAAAGAAGACCAUGUGGUGAUUUAUUUUUAUAAUUCAAGGGAGUUCCUUUACUGCCAUUUCUUUGCUGGUGGGCAUGCAAGGAGAGGAAGCAUGUGUCCUGAAAGAGAAAUACAUGUGGCGUGGGGUGGGUCUGGCCCUGCUGGGUCCUGAGAGGGGACUGAGGCUGCUGGAGUGCAAGCUCAGGCCUUCCAGCACUGCAGAGUUGGGGAGCAGCUGUCUCAGACCAGGCCAGGCCACGGAGUGGGGUUUUUUACGUCCGUUUGAAAUCAGAGAGCUCAGCACAGAGUGAAGGUGGAAAAUUGACAUGCUGAGAAAACGAGGUAGUGUCAGCAAGCUGUAAGCUGUGUCCUUUCCAGUUUUUUCUGUGAGAUUUUCAAGGCUACAUAGUUCUCCCCAAUUUCUUUCAGCCAAUGGUCAGUCACUUAAAGCUAUGUGGUGGUUCUGCAGAUUCUUUUUUAAUGUAUUGCUUUUAUAUAAAAAAAAAACACAUGCAAAGUGCAAGACCCAGAAGAGUGGAAUUUUUAAAGAUGUAAAGAGAAGUCAUGGAUGGGUCCAUGCAUUGCAAGUUGUUUCAUGAACUUGAACUUUCAAUGACAUGUGAUACUGCCUCAGCCCCUGUCUCCCUGGGCAAAUUCAGGCUUCUUGCAUCCUCGUCCCUUCUCACUUCACAAACGAUGCUAGCCUUUGGUUUCCGUACUUCAUUCUUUUGCUGUGCUGUAGCUUUGUUGAGACCAUCCAAAGUGGAUGCACAGGUGUUACACAAAAUGCACUUCCCAAAGUAAUUAGUCACCUGGCCAUAAGGUCUGUCUGCAGCUGUCUGUGUGUUCUCUUCCCCUCCCACUUCCCCACCAAGGGCAGGGCAGGCUUUUGUAAGGCGUGUGGAAUUAGAGGUUUCAAGUCUGUGAAUACAAACCCAUUUGCCAAAUCCAGCAGCAGUUCUUACCAUUCCAAAGCUUUAGUGCCAUGUUGAGAUGAACUACCAAGGACAUGCAGUGAAAGAUGUAAACCCAACCUUUUAAAAAUGUUUUUAAUAUCUCAGUUGCCCAAGUUCACCUGGUAUUUCCCUUCUCUGACCCAGGUUAGAGUCUGGCUGUAACAUCCUGAGUAGCUCACUAAUUUUAAGUACAUUUAGUUGAAUGCCAUUGAUACAUCUGUAGCCUUGUUUCAGCACAAAGCAUACCAGACUGUACCAAGCAGUCUCAGGAUACCAUGUGCCAACAGAGCUGUAUUUAACUAUUAACAUGAAAGUGUAUGAAAAAAAGUGUAUGUAUGACUAUAAUAUUUCUAAUAAAUAUAUUUUGUUUGUGAUUAUGAA